CGAGAAGGCACAUCUGUUGGCAAUCGAGAAGCAGCGCCAGCAAGACGAGGCAGGAGCAAAGGCUGCCGAUGAAGAACGAAAUCAACGACGAAGAAGAUAUUCAACGGAGAGGGAGCUUUGCUCACAAUGGCAGCGUACUGGCGAGCCGAGGCCGAGAAUGGUGAGAUGGAAGAGAGUGAAAGCGAGAUCGAGAGUGAAAGCGAGAUCACUCUACUCCUCUCCCAUUUUACGGAUCUCCUGGCAAGAUGCAUUGCACAGCAGGAGGACAUCCACAGCCUCGACGACGCGGUUCAAACGCACAAACGGGCGUUUGAUCAAGUCAACAGCCGCCUCCAGCAGCUGCAGCAAAGACCCGUCACCGCCCCCGAUGCCAGCUCCUCCAACACCUUCGAUCGCCUCAAUGCAUUGGAGAUCGACGUCGGAGCCCUCAAGGACAGCGCGCAGCUACAGCAAACCGCCACGCAACAACUGGAGCAGCGGAUCUGUGCUGUCGCCGCCAACCCGAGUUCGGCACCGCGCGAGACGACUCCAAAGUUUGAUGGUCAGGAGAUCUUCUGCGACUCGACGAAGACGGACCCGAUUCCGUGGUUCCGCAAGUUUGAACUCAACUGGGAUGAUCUAAAGGCGGCGUGGCAUAAGCGGUUCCAAGUAGAGCCGUCGGAGAUCAAAGCAAUGGACAAAUUGCUGACCUUUGAACAAGGUGCGCUGCCGAGUGUUGAUUGGAUUGCCGAGUACCAACGCUUGACAUCCGUCCCGGACAUUAGGAUGGGCUUCAAAGCCGUCAAACACUACUUCAUCACGAGGUCGUGUCCAGCAUUGGGCAACGCCUUGACUCACGUUGAGGACACCCUAACGAUAACGGCAGAGCUUUUUGACAAGGUUGCGCAGAUCAUUGUCACGAACAAGAAGGCCAAGAACCUCAACCGUUCGUCUGCGACAGGCCCGAGCAGAAAUCAGCAUCGGCCGAAAGUGGUCGUGGUCGCGGCUGCAAUGCCAACCGACCCUUCUAGCGAGGUCGUGUCUGCCAAUGAAGGGGACAGACUCGCAGCCGCCCAGGAUGGUGGCCACCCCGGCCAGGGUCGAGGACGCUGCAAGACGAAGACAAACACCGCAUCUAUCCCCGGACCCGGUACAACAGCUUCAUCGCCAUGGUCCCCGUACGGUCUCUCCGAACAUGCGUACAAGCUAUGCAUGAGAUUCUGCUAUUGUCUGUGGUGUAACAGUGAUCUCCAUGACACAGUGGGUUACCCGUCGAAAGGCAAGGGCAAGUCGAGAAACUGAGCACCACCGGGAGUGCAUCGACGACACCCUCGACGCCCUCGGAACCGGUCGCUUCGCGG